GUUGAGUUCCGGAAGAGGUGGCGGUCUGACUAAAAUGAGAGUUCCGCAAAGUGCUUUCCACUUGGUUAUAUUUCUGGCUUCUAUGGCAAGAAUCGAAGGAUUUUCGAUGGAGACGAAAUGCAAGCUGUGGGCAGGAAGCGGUUAUAUCGGAGACCCUAGUGAUUGCCAAAGCUGGGGAUUUUGCGAGGACAAUAAACUAAUCGAACGACAUGGAUGCAAUGAGGGAUUGCUGUACAACUUUCGGCGUGGAACCUGCGAUAAGGCAUCGGACGUGAUAUGUCAUUCUCAUCUCUCAGAGAUUUGCGCCAGCCUUCAGCCAGGGGACUAUAUCGCCGAUCCUUCGAAUUGCCGGAGAUUCGUCAAGUGCGAGGACAUCGAUGAACCGACUUGGAGCGACUGUGGUGUGGAUCGCGUGUUCAGCAACGAGCUGCAAACCUGCCAGCAGGAAACUUCCGGCUGUCCACAGGAUAACAUGUGCUCCCAUAUGAAAGACGGUUCCUUCGUGGGCGAUCCCAGUAACUGUCAGAAUUAUUAUAAAUGCCACAAUGGAUUCGGCACUCCGUUAAACUGCUCCGCCGGUCGAUACUUCAAUCGAAAAUCGGGUAAUUGUCAAUCCUGGCUACCAGAUUACUGCUCCAAGGACGAGGAGACGCCUCCGGCUAUGCCCCCCACCACGAAUUUUCAAGUUUGCUUUAAAUACUAUCCGAAAGAUAGAACCGGACUGCAGCUCCUGCCGGAUUUGAUGACAUGCUACGGGUAUUACGCCUGCACUUCGCCAUUCGACGUGGGAAGAUGGAGCAGCUGUCCUUGGGAACAGCAUUUUGAGUGGUGGAGUCAGCGGUGUGGUUCGCCGAAGGACAACAGCUGCUCCUACGAUCGCUGUGGCAAUAUGAACCAACUUCAGGUGGCCACCAUCAACACGGGCUGCAGGGAGUACACCGUCUGCCAGGACUUUCGCUCGCAGAGAUCGGAAAAGUGCCCCAACGAUCUUCCCUAUUUCAACGAGAUUUCGAGACAGUGCACAGAUAAGUUCCCUAAUCACAGGGUGUGCUUCAUGGAUGGUUAA